AUGGUAUCAGAGCUCCGAUCAGGGAGUUACGCCGUAGCAGUCGUCGGAGAAACUAGCCAUGGAAUUCAUCCGGCAACGUCAACAGCCAGGUCACCCGAUCACGCACCACCAGCAGCAAAUAGCCAGGGCAUUCCAGUUCCACAGAGGAACAACAGUGAAGAUAUUGAGAAUCCUCUCUAUUUGAGUGCCAACGAGAAUCCUAACGCAGUUCUCGUCAGUCCUGUGCUCACCGGUAGCGGAAACUAUGCGUCUUGGAGCAUCUCGAUGCGUGUGGCCCUGGAGGUCAAGAACAAAUGGGGGCUAGUUAACGGGAGUAUUCCGGUGCCGGAUAAAGCUCACACUCAAUAUGGUGCUUGGCGUAGAUGCAAUCUAAUCAUGUCUUCAUGGAUUCUGAGGUCCGUUCACACGUCCAUAGCGCAAAGCGUGAUGUAUAUAGGCGAAGCAAAGGAAAUCUGGAACGAUCUGAGAAGGAGGUUUUCACAACAAGAUUCACACCGGAUCUCAUCUCUGCAGAAUGAAAUAUAUGGACUGAAAUAA